CCCUGAAAAAUCCUCCUAUUCUGUUUGCAGGAUUUAUGAAGUGUGAUAAUGCGAAAGGAUUGAAAGCCUUCUACGAUGCAAUAAAAUACGGGCCAAACCACUUGAUGGUGUUUGGAGGCGUCUGUCCAUCUGUUACGUCCAUCAUCGCAGAGUCCCUCCAAGGCUGGAAUCUGGUGCAGCUUUCCUUUGCCGCGACCACACCUGUCCUGGCUGAUAAGAAAAAAUACCCUUACUUCUUCCGGACUGUCCCAUCAGACAACGCGGUGAAUCCAGCCAUCCUGAAGCUGCUAAAGCACUUCCAGUGGAAGCGAGUGGGCACACUAACCCAAGAUGUGCAGAGAUUCUCCGAGGUGAGGAAUGACCUGACCGGGGUUCUGUAUGGUGAGGACAUCGAGAUUUCAGACACUGAGAGCUUCUCCAAUGACCCCUGCACCAGUGUCAAGAAGCUUAAGGGCAAUGAUGUGAGGAUCAUCCUGGGCCAGUUUGACCAGCAUAUGGCAGCAAAAGUGUUCUGUUGUGCAUAUGAGGAGAACAUGUACGGCAGCAAAUACCAGUGGAUCAUCCCAGGCUGGUAUGAGCCUUUCUGGUGGGAGCAGGUGCACACAGAGGCCAACUCAUCCCGUUGUCUCCGGAAGAAUCUACUUGCUGCCAUGGAGGGCUACAUGGGUGUGGACUUUGAACCCCUGAGCUCCAAGCAGAUCAAGACCAUCUCAGGAAAGACGCCACAGCAGUACGAGAGAGAAUACAACAACAAGCGGUCAGGUGUGGGGCCCAGCAAGUUCCAUGGGUAUGCCUACGAUGGCAUCUGGGUCAUCGCCAAAACACUGCAGAGGGCCAUGGAGACGCUGCAUGCCAGCAGCCGGCACCAGCGGAUCCAGGACUUCAACUACACAGACCGCACACUGGGCAGGAUCAUCCUCAACGCCAUGAAUGAGACCAACUUCUUCGGGGUCACGGGUCAAGUUGUGUUCCGGAACGGGGAAAGAAUGGGGACCAUUAAAUUUACUCAAUUUCAAGACCGCAGGGAGGUGAAGGUGGGAGAAUAUAACGCUGUGGCUGACACGCUGGAGAUCAUCAACGACACCAUUAGGUUCCAAGGAUCCGAACCCCCAAAAGACAAGACCAUCAUCCUAGAACAGCUCCGGAAGAUCUCCCUACCUCUCUACAGCAUCCUCUCUGCCCUCACCAUCCUGGGGAUGAUCAUGGCCAGCGCUUUUCUCUUUUUCAACAUCAAGAACCGGAAUCAGAAGCUGAUAAAGAUGUCGAGUCCAUACAUGAACAACCUCAUCAUCCUGGGAGGAAUGCUCGCCUAUACAUCCAUCUUUCUCUUUGGCCUUGAUGGAUCCUUUGUCUCUGAAAAGACCUUCGAAACACUUUGCACUGUCAGGACCUGGAUUCUCACCGUGGGCUACACAACCGCCUUCGGGGCAAUGUUUGCAAAGACAUGGAGGGUACACGCCAUCUUCAAAAAUGUGAAAAUGAAGAAGAAGAUCAUCAAGGACCAGAAACUGCUUGUGAUCGUCGGGGGCAUGCUGCUGAUUGACCUGUGCAUCCUGAUUUGCUGGCAGGCUGUGGAUCCCCUGAGAAGGACGGUGGAGAAGUACAGCAUGGAGCCGGACCCAGCAGGACGAGACAUCUCCAUCCGCCCUCUCCUGGAGCACUGUGAGAACACCCACAUGACCAUCUGGCUUGGCAUCGUCUAUGCCUACAAGGGGCUUCUCAUGUUGUUCGGUUGUUUCUUAGCUUGGGAGACCCGCAAUGUCAGCAUCCCUGCGCUCAAUGACAGCAAGUACAUCGGGAUGAGCGUCUACAACGUGGGGAUCAUGUGCAUCAUCGGGGCCGCUGUCUCCUUCCUGACCCGGGACCAGCCCAACGUGCAGUUCUGCAUUGUGGCCCUGGUCAUCAUUUUCUGCAGCACAAUCACCCUCUGCCUGGUGUUUGUGCCCAAGCUUAUCACUCUGAGAACAAAUCCAGAUGCAGCAACUCAGAACAGACGCUUCCAAUUCACUCAGAAUCAGAAGAAAGAAGAUUCUAAAACAUCCACCUCUGUCACCAGCGUGAACCAAGCAAGCACAUCCCGCCUCGAGGGCCUGCAGUCCGAAAACCAUCGCCUGCGAAUGAAGAUCACAGAGCUUGAUAAAGACUUGGAAGAGGUCACCAUGCAACUGCAGGACACGCCAGAAAAGACCACCUACAUUAAACAGAACCAUUACCAAGAGCUCAACGACAUCCUCAACCUGGGGAACUUCACCGAGAGCACAGAUGGAGGAAAGGCCAUUUUAAAAAAUCACCUCGAUCAAAAUCCCCAGCUGCAAUGGAACACAACAGAGCCGUCGAGAACAUGCAAAGAUCCUAUAGAAGAUAUAAACUCCCCAGAACACAUCCAGCGCCGGCUGUCCCUCCAGCUCCCCAUCCUCCACCACGCCUACCUCCCGUCCAUUGGAGGUGUGGACGCCAGCUGUGUCAGCCCCUGCGUCAGCCCCACCGCCAGCCCCCGCCACAGACAUGUGCCACCCUCCUUCCGAGUUAUGGUCUCGGGCCUGUGAGGGUGGUAGGCCUGGGGCUGGGCCUCCCCCAUGACAGAACCACACAGAGCAGAGGCGUCUGCUACAGGAACACUGUCGGAUCUGGCUGCGGAGAAGCUGGGCGCCAUGCUGGCCUUGCGGGACUCUUGGAUGGCAGUCAGGUGGACAGGAUGGGGCGCACUUGGCACCUGACCUCGCGCCUUAUUUGUGAAGUUUUUAUUCUCUCACAAAGAAGAGGAAUGGAAAUGACUUCUUCCUUAAUGUCUGCAAACAGGAGGAACUGAAAUAUUUGAGACUUUGAGAGAGAGAAACCUAGACAAGGAAAGAGUCACUAGAACUCCAGCUAGAAGUCGCUGCCCAGCCUUGGGAAGAGGAGGGGCUGCUGGAGAAACGGCCUUUGCCUCUGCACACCCAUUGCUGGCUGCAGACCCCAGGCCAGCCCUUCUCCCCUCUGGGAUCGGAGGUGGGAAGGGCAGUCAGGCCCCCAGCGGCCAGUCCAGCCAACCAGCCUUCCCGGAGCAGGGAGCCCGCAGGAAGGGCAGCCAGGCACAGCUCUGCAGCAGGCGGCCCAGGGCUGGGGUGCGGGAGCAGGCUGGCUCACAUGCCUCCUGGUGGGACCUUACUCUCUGAUAAAUGCCACACAUUAACACAAUUAACACCCGUUCUGAACCGUGGGGAUUUAGGGCACGUCACCGCAGACUCGCUCUGCAGCAUUCACCGA